ACAAAAUAGGUCUCAUGAGGGUCAUGUGGUAAAGUAUAUAAGAGAUCGCAUCAUUCAUCUCAUUAGGGUUUAAGACACACACACCUCUCUCCGGCGGCCAAUCUCUCCCGGCAGCUAAUCCACCAAAUCCGAAAACCGCCAAAAUGGCAAGAGGGUUGAAGAAACAUUUGAAGAGGCUCAAUGCCCCGAAGCAUUGGAUGCUUGACAAGCUUGGAGGUGCUUUUGCUCCCAAGCCAUCUUCUGGUCCACACAAAUCAAGGGAAUGUUUGCCAUUGAUUAUUAUCCUCAGGAACAGGUUGAAAUAUGCUUUGACAUACCGUGAGGUCAUCUCUAUCUUGAUGCAAAGGCAAGUUAUGGUUGAUGGGAAAGUUAGGACAGAUAAAACUUACCCUGCUGGUUUCAUGGAUGUUGUCUCCAUUCCAAAGACAAAUGAGAACUUCCGACUUCUUUAUGACACUAAGGGUCGCUUCCGUCUCCAUUCACUGAGGGAUGAAGAAGCCAAGUUCAAACUUUGCAAGGUUCGUUCAGUGCAGUUUGGACAGAAGGGAAUCCCAUAUCUCAACACCUAUGAUGGAAGAACAAUCCGCUACCCUGAUCCCCUCAUCAAGGCCAAUGACACCAUCAAGCUGGACUUAGAAUCCAACAAGAUUGUUGACUUCAUCAAAUUUGAUGUUGGAAAUGUGGUCAUGGUGACUGGUGGUAGAAACAGAGGACGUGUUGGAGUUAUCAAGAACAGGGAGAAGCAUAAGGGUAGCUUUGAGACAGUUCACAUUCAGGAUGCCCUGGGACACGAGUUUGCUACCCGUUUGGGUAAUGUGUUCACUCUUGGUAAAGGUACUAAGCCAUGGGUGUCUCUACCUAAGGGCAAAGGUAUCAAGUUAUCUAUCAUUGAAGAGGCUCGCAAGAGGCUGGCUGCUCAAUCAGCUGUAGCUGCUUAAAAAGUCUAGGUUGAAUUUUAAGAUAAAUUUAACAGGUUGGACCAUGUUUUUCUCUGUUUAGAGAUACCAAUCUCAUUUUGUGUGUUGCAUUUUAAUGUGUACUUGGUACUGUUUUACUACCUUUUUUUGUUGGGAAAAGAGGUUGACAAGAGUUAAGAUCAAUCAUUUGCUUUUUUAUGCUAUAGUAUUUUAUUGGCCA